UGGGAUUGUUUUGGACAUACUACAUGAGCAACGGAAUGGAGACGAAGCCAGAGAGUCACAAGCUGAUCUUUGAGAAGGAGGGGGUUUAUCUCCACACCAAUGCCAAGAGAAGCAAUCAGGACACAACCAUCCCUGGCUUUAUUCGGAUAGUUGAGCGGGAUGGAGAGCCAUCACUUGAAUGGAGUCCCUUUGAGGAGGAUGUGAGGAACGCUCCAGCUGUCUUUUACACCAAAAAGGAUGGGGACGGAGGGGAAGAGGAGACUAAGUUUGACCAAGGCUAUGAGCCAGACUGGGCCGUCAUCAGCACAGUCAAGAAGGAGAGACGGGAAGAGUGUCCACCAGUCAGAGAAACCGGUCAGUGGGGCUCCUUCUCUCUGCCCCUGUCAGAGCUGUACUCCCUAAGGAGGGCUCGCUUCUCUUUGGGAAGGAACUUCCUAGUACUGACCACCAGAGGGGGCGAUCCACUCCCUCCACUGCACUUCCAUCGAGGGGGCACCAGAGAGCUGCUGAAAGCCAUGCAGCGGUACAUAAGACUUGCCCCAUCUCCCCUGGAUGGUAGGCUAUUCCUGGCUUACCCACAUGAUUCUGGGGCACUAUCUCAAUCGUUUGAUGAGCUUCACCUCUUCGAUGAUGCCAGUUCAGACCUUGUCUCUAGGUUCAUUCAGGACCCUUACGAAACCACGUUUGGGGGGUUCUCCAAAGUGACUAACUUCUUCCGGGGAGCCCUUAGACCUCCAGAGUCACCCCUCAGUAACCGCUUGCCUCAGGAUGCUCACUCACCACGCCUAGCUGACGAGGAGCCAGGCUUUGAGCUCAUUAACUGCGGGGCGGAGCUCGGUCUUAGACCAGAGGUCAAAAGAGGAAAACCUUUGGAUAAUUGGGAUCAGUUUUUGGAUUCAGACGGAUGUGUCACAGAUCCACAGCGAGUUAAAGAGCUUGUGUUUAGAGGGGGCAUUGUUCCAUCUUUGCGGAAAGAGGUGUGGAAGUUCUUGCUAGGGUUUUACCCAUGGAAGAGCACGACCAUGGAGCGGGAGGAAAUCCUUAGAGUCAAAACAGAUGAGUAUUUCAGGAUGAAAGUUCAGUGGAAAUCCGUUACUGAAGAGCAGGAAUUGAGGAACUCUCUCUUCAGAGGAUACCGAAGCCUCAUAGAACGAGAUGUUAAUCGAACAGACAGGCAUAAUUCCUUCUUCUCUGGGAAUGAGAACCCAGGACUUGCCCUGCUCCAUGAUGUGCUGAUGACAUACUGCAUGUAUAACUUUGAUCUAGGAUAUGUUCAGGGAAUGAGUGAUCUCCUGUCUCCACUCCUCUUUGUCACCCAGAAUGAGGUGGAGUCCUUCUGGUGUUUGACGGGCUUUAUGGAUCUAGUGCACCAAAACUUUGAGGAGUCUCAAGAGGCCAUGAAGCAGCAGCUCCUUCAGCUCAGCCUCCUACUAAGAGCGCUCGAUCCUGAGCUAUGUGACUACCUGGACUCUCAGGAUAGUGGUUCACUUUGCUUCUGUUUUCGAUGGUUACUGAUUUGGUUUAAGAGAGAGUUCUCUUUUGAAGACAUCUUGAGUCUGUGGGAGGUAAUGUGGACCCGUUUGCCUUGUGAAAACUUUCACUUACUGAUGGCCUGCUCCAUUCUUGAGUCACAGAAAAAGGAGCUGAUUGGCUCAAAUCAUGACUUUAACUCUAUUCUUAAGCACAUUAAUGAGCUCACCAUGAAGCUGGACCUGCAGUCAGUGCUCUGUGGAGCUGAGGCCAUUUAUUUGCAGCUAGCUAAUUGCAAGGAGCUGCCUGUGAAAGUGCAGGAAGUUCUUGGACUCUUUGUCCCCUUAAGUUCUUCAGAAGAAAGCCCAGAUUCUGAGCCUAGAGAUACUGAUGCCCUUCUCAUCCAUUCAGAAGCCAGGGGAGCUACAGCCUGCCAGCAAUAUAAUGGGCAGUCACCACAGUGCCCACGUCCUACAUACCCUUAAUUCCAUUGAUUGGCAGAAGGAAGAGAGUGGAUUUUAAUUUAAAUGUAAUCGUGAAUAUUCCAAAAGAUUGAUGAUUAACAUUUUUCCUCAGAAAUAUUGGUGAUUGUAAUUCAGAGAUUCAGAUCAACAGCUGCAGCAAUCUAAUAAAUUGGGGAUUAGCUGUUUCAUGUGAUAUUUUCCUAAGAAGGGCAGAAUAUUUUCAACAUGCUGUUCAAACUGAGAUGUGUGAAUGACUGUGAAUGGCAUUGGAAACAUUCAGAAAGAGAAGGAAUUCUGACACCCUGUAAUGGUUUGUUUGUGCAUCUGUUGAUACUAUUGUGCUUUAAGGAAUAUUCCAGGUUCAAUACAAGUUAAGCUCAAUAGCAUUUCUGUCAUAAUGUUGAUUACCACCAAAAUUAUGGACUCAUUCCUUCUUUUCUUGAAAAAAGACAUCUGGGUUCCAGUGAGCACUUACAAUGUAAGUGAACGUUAGAUGUUAAAAUACUAACUUUUUCAAAAGUAUAGCCAAAAGAGGUAAACAAUAUGCGUGUUAAGAUAAUUUUAGUUAGAUACAAUCGCUUACUAACCUUAUUUUCUCUGUGUAAAUUUGCAGUGCUUUUAUUAAAUUAUAUUAUAUAAUUUCUGCAUUUUAAACACUCCAAAAAUGGACCCCAUUCACGUCCAUUGUAAGUGCCUCACUGUAAAAUGUUUUUUUAUUUUAUAUAUUUAAAAAAGUUGCUGAGUCUAAAUGCUACAUUGUGGUAAUCAACAUUAUGCCACAAAUGCUAUUUAUUGAGCUUAACUUGUAUUGAACCCAGAAAAGUCCUUUAAGAGUAUAUCUCAUUGCUUGUGUGGUUAUGUGUUCCCAGCUCUUGAAGUAUACAUGUUUUAGUUAUUAUUUAGGUAUGUAUUGUAUUAAAUGUAUAUUCAUUAUUUUAUGUCUCUGUCCUGUUACUUUUGUCUGCUUCUUCCCCUUUUACCUUUUUGCAUCCAUUAAGAUAACUAAAAGUUAAACUCAAUGACAGUUAGAUGAUGCUGUGCAGCACCAUUUUGCAUGCAAUGUAGCAUGAACUACAAUUUAAAUGACAUAUUUUGUUGUUUGUUUUUAACCAAGGUGCUUUUUUGUGUGUUUCAUAUUGCUAAUGCAUCUAAAAUAAAACUGUCAAACGUGUUCUUUGCUAAAUGUGUUCUUUAUUCUCUUUCCCACUAUAUUUGUUCAUUACCCUAGAUAAACCUAUUUAAUUUAAAU